GUUUUCGUCGUCGACCCCCCUCUGAGCAGCGAGCAGCUUUUCCUCUCUCCGGUCUUCAGGUUCCGAUGCUCCGAUCUUUCCCGAACCCGCGCAGAGCAGCACGCGCCGCCGCUCCGCCUCCCCGGGAGCACUUUCACUUCAGCGGCCCCGGACUGCGCUAACAGGUCCAGAUGUCCUCUCAUGACUUCACAUUUGUAACACAAAGCUGCUGAUGAGGGAGAGACGCAUCUCCGGCACCACCUGCUGGUUCAUUCUCACCAGUGAGACUCGCACUCCUCCAAAAAUCUUCAACCGCCAUCAUGUCUAAUAGAAGAAAGUCGUCGACCCCCUGCAUGGUUCUGGUGUCGGGUGACCUGAACAAGGAGCAACUGGCCAACAGCGAACGUUCUGAAUCUCCAGCUCCAGACCUUCCACUGGAGAAUCUGGAUGGUCUAGACCAGGAGUCAAAGGUGGAGGUUCAAAAUGCAGAGGAACCAACCGAUACACUGAGCAAACAGUCUGACAAGAGCCAGCCCACAUCCUUCCAAUGCAAGUACUGCCCAUUCAGCACUUGCAACCUGACAGACUUUAAGCAGCACGUGGAUUCUGACCACCCAAGUGUCAUUCUGAACCCAUUGUACCGCUGCACACUGUGCAACUUUGACACAAACAAAUUUGAUUCCCUGACUGACCACAACGAGACCAAGCACCCGGGCCACAGAGACUUCAAGUUUAAGCGGGUUCUGAAGGACAAUAAUACUGUUUUGGAACAGACAAUCGUCACCAAUCCGACCCAGACGGAUCAAGUCACGGCUCUGAACAUCAACGGAACAGUCAUAAUCCCAGAUUCCAACGGCAUCCGAGGCCAGGAUCAUGUGACGCCGCUGCUGCAGCGCCCACCCAAUGUCAGCACCGUUCCCAAAGUAGCGAUCCCAUUAAACACGGCCAAGUACAACCCGUCCCUCGACGAAAACCUUACGCUGAUCGCUUCCUUUAACAAGUUUCCGUACCCAACACAUGCAGAACUGUCGUGGCUAACCGCUGCGUCAAAGCACCCAGAGGAGCAGAUUCGGAUCUGGUUCACCACACAGCGACUGAAACAGGGAAUCACCUGGUCGCCUGAGGAGGUGGAAGAAGCCCGUAAGAAGAUGUUCAAUGGAUCCAUUCCUCCAGCGCAUCAGACAUUCUCAGUCUCCUCCACAAAUAGUGAAGCAGCGCUAUCGGUCAAAUGUCCGUUGUCCGAUCGCCUGGACAGCAAGUGUCUUAAAAGGGCUCUCCCCGUGAGCCCACCCUUGGGUCCUGAUUCGAAAAGACCUGUGAUGGCAGUUGCACCGAACCCCGGUGACGCGAAGGUGUUUAUGGCUCCACCGCCUCCCCCUCCUCCAAAAGACCGUCCCUCACUUGCCGCGACAGUUCACUCUUUGGCGCCCAAAGUAAAGAGUAUGUCAUCUGUGGGGAACAAAACCAAGCCGGUGAUUUCUAUGCCCUCUAUGGUCUUUCCGGAAUCAUUGACCCGACCGAUGAUUGCCCCACUUCCCAUAUUUGCACCGCCUUUCAAGAACUCUAUUCUCAUCCCGCGUGAAACUUCAAAGGAGCAACAUCCUGCCCUUGUUCCACAGCAAAUGAUCAGGCCGGCGGUCAUUCAGGCAACGUUGCCGAAGUCUCAAACUGUAAACAUUCCACGCAACAAAGACAACGAGGGUGUCAACCUGAAAGCAAGUGUAACACGAGGAAUUCUGAUGCCGCUUGCCGACGCUAACGGGGCUCGCGUUGAUGCGAAGCGCUCCACUGACGUGACGUCCAGUUCUCAAAAAGGCGAAGAAGCUGCAGCCGCCACGAAGCCAGAUUUCCCGCCAAAACCACCCGUUCUGACGCAGUUCCCCCUGCUGGAGAGGAUGAAAGGAAAGUCUGCCGAACACUUUAAAGUUUUGGAAGAAAAUUUUGUACGGAAUAGUUUCCCCACGCACAACGAUGUGGAGAAAAUGGUUAGCACCACACGGCUGUCUCACCAGGAAAUCACCAGCUGGUUUGCGGAGAGACGAGCGCUACGCGACAAUCUUGAGUUGGCGCUUCUCAACUCGAUGGGUUCCAAGAAACGCCAGGAUUAUCAAACCCAAGCAUUUAACAGGAAUGCUAGCCAGGGCAUGGUUGGCCGUCAGAGCCCCCCUCCCAUCAUCAAAGACUCAGUCCUCAACAACAAUUCUUACUGUGUCUCUCCCGAGAACCGUUUCCCGACACUGCUUAAAGAGGAUUUCGGUCGGUGGCCUUCACAUGAGGAGUAUAGCCAACCGGAUGCUCGAAUGGGAGGGAUGAACGUUGACAUUAGCCGCUGGUACGAUAGCCGCAUGGAAAUGUUCCACAACUUCGGUGUGAAUGGAGGCCGUGCCUUAAACCACAAUGGGGCGCUAACGGCUAACAACAAAGUCCUGGAGGUGGAGCUGGGCUGGCUGAUGGAGCAGCGAGCCAACAAUCUCAGCGAUCAGCAGCGGGACGAUCUUCACCGCUUACCAAGCAGGCUGCGGCAGCAGGACGGCGGCGUGCCGGUCACCUGGCCGGAGGACGGAGCGUGGCAGCGGGCGCGAGAGCUGCUGCCGGAGAGAGAGGACAAGAUGGCGGGAGAGGCAUCGGCGAGACUGACGGGCUGACAGCGGGUCACGACCAUUGCUGUUGCUGACAGAAGUGGAGGGAGGAACUCUUUUGCAUCAAGAUGAAGGAAAAAAAAAAGACGUUUUCAUGAUUGUUGCUUCCCAGUUCACACACAACAUCCGGUUAUGAAGUCAGUCAUGUUCCAAGCCGUUCUUGUUGGACCUUUCUGUGUUUGAAGGCUGUUGAUGUCUUAGAUGAUCUGACCCACCACAGCUAAUGCAUUUGACCCUAGUAACUUCCUAAAUAUCAAAUUGAAAAGUGUUAGAACCGAAUGAAUUAAGAAGGGGUUGAGGUGUCUCCCUUAAACUGGUGUCAAACUCGAGGCCCGAGGGCCAAGUCCAGCCUGCCAUGUCAUUUUUUUGGCCUGUAGUUCUGACUAAAUACAUUUGAAAUUAGCCAUUCAAAGUGCUGUAAAAACUAGCUUUGCAACAAAGCAUGAUGAUGUCAUGACCUACCAGAUUCAAGCUCCGCCCUUUUGACAUGCUUGCAGGGGGAGAUUAGAACUCCAGAAUAAGUCUGGAAAAUUUCCCAAAAAAACUGAUGCAUUUGGUGAAAGAUCGGAAAGUGAGUGAAUGUUUCUCCUUCCUCCUGUGAUGUGAGUCGAUGGUGUAGUUGGACAAAGUUUUGAAGCUAAGCUCAGAGUAGCUAAAUGCUAAAUUAAAUCCAAAACUACAGGCUCAGAUGAAGUAAAUAUGCAUUUUGUUGUGCACGCUGCUUGGUCUGGGAAAUUUCCAGUUUGACCUAACACCACCCCCCAACUCUCCCUAAAGUUUUGACAAACUAGCUAUGAAUCCAGGUGUUGUGUGUGAACUGCGUCGCCUCGGAGACAAAUGGAUGAACACAACGCCGAGUGCCAAAGCCACUGAAAAACUUCUGGUUGUAAAUACAAACUUGUGUUUGGUCUCAUUUCUCUACUGUAAAAAUGUGCACUUGUAAAAUUCCGGCAAUGAAAGGAACUUCAUAAAACAGCGCCCCCACGCCGCAACUGCCAUCAUCCCAAACCAGGAAGAUGGUCCGUUUUUAUCCCCGACCGUUCAGGAUGUGCGGAAACUUGCAGAACUAGGUUUUCCAGUUGUCAUGUAACAGCAUUUGUUUUUAAAAAAAAAAAAAAAAAAAAGAGAAAAUUGAAAGCAAAGAAUAGUGGCAACGAAAAGCUAUUUCAAAUGGUUUUAUAUUUUGUAGUUUGAAGUCUUCAUUUCAGCCCCUCCUCUUCAUGGAGGAAGUAAACUGGUUCUGAAAAAAAAAAACACAACAAAUGAUUUGAUCAACUAGUUCAAGAUGGCCGCCAACAGGUUAGGCCCGAAACCUUUGACUCUUCGUUUCCUUCUUUUUCUUGCUCUGUCGCUCCGUAACCACUACACAGGUAACAAUAGCUCAAACAAUGUUGUACAUAAUGUGUCGGCUUCAAACUAGUUUCACUGAAAAAUCAGUUUUAAACAUGUCGACUCUUGUCUGUGAGGUACAUUUAAGUGUUGACCAAAGUGCUCUACAGUUUCGUGAACACCAGGAACAGACAUAGAAACAUGAAUGUGCCAGAGCACCCACGUCAGGUGCAGGUGCUCUGAACAAGAUGUAGGACCUACUGUGGGAGAGAAGGCGCCUGUUACCCUUGAACUUCUGUGAGAUUUGGGAGGGAGAGACCAGCGGGGUCUACGCUGUCGAGGGCGUUCAACGCUGCCUGCUAAAAAUGGCCGACCAAUGAGAGCAGAGAUGAAUGUGAGGACGGCUUUUGUAUGACCGUCUCGCAGAGUGCUACUGACCAGACGAGUCAGGUGGAGUUGGAAAAAAAUAUUUACGACUACUUGAGUUGGCGUACGAUGUCGCCGUGAAACUACUUUAAUUCCGACACGAAGUGAUUUAAGCAAAUAGCUCAAUAUUAGCGUGUUUACGUCGCUUCUGCUGCUGUUAUGUCCUGGUCAGAGUUUAACACAUUUAUCCAAAACAAUCUGUAGUUACAAACCGUACCAGUAAGGCUCGCCUCAACUGCUGCACACUGAGGUUCAUUUAUCUUGAUUUUUUUUUCAUUCUUUUCUGAUGAUCAUUUACAGAAACGGUUCUAACGCAAGAAGAAAAAACAACAAACGGGCAAUGUCGUUUGAGGUUAGUUAGCAUUCUGCUUCUUCUGCUACAGUCAAUACCAGCCUGCGCUCGCACACCGAACGCUGUUCCGCACUCCACCAGCGGGAGGCGCUCACAACAAGAUGGUUUUAAUCUCUGGUUUUUCAGGAACAGUUUUCAGUAUGUGUUUCGCAGUCGUCUCGACAACCUGUUGAUGUCGCUCUAUUUCAAUAAAAUAAAGGUCAAAGCUUGUGUCUGAGUUUGAUGUAGAAAUGUUUUUGGACAUGAACGUGAUUUUUGUAGACCAGGAGGUCGUGUCCAGGGGGCGCUCUAGAGCUUCAAGACGUUUCACUUUACAGGUAAAAUGUGCAACAUACUAGCUGAACACACAAACACACAUAUGAGGUUUCUCAAUGACAUAACCCUUCCCCCAGCCUCUCCCCCUAAACCGAACCAUCCAAAACACAUGGCUCACCUGAACCAGGACCAGGACCAAACUAGAACCCAGUUAUUUGGAGGCUUCAGCCUCAAAUUGAGGCUUAACCUCGUGGGGACUGGCAAAAUGUCUCCACUUAGUCCUCACAAAGAUAGUGUACUGUCACAAAUCGGUACCCGC